AUGAAGGAUUCUAAGAAAGCAACCAGGGGCUCCACAUCUUCUACUGACUUUGACGUUAUCAUUGUGGGAGCAGGAAUAUCGGGUAUUAACGCAGCGUAUUACCUCACCACCCAAGUCCCCGGCGCCUCAUACGCGAUUCUAGACGGCCGGACCCGACUUGGCGGAACAUGGGAUCUCUUCCGCUACCCGGGCAUCCGGUCCGAUUCCGACAUGGUAACUUUCGGCUUCUCCUGGAAUCCGUGGGAUAGGGCCGAGAGACUAGCCAGCGGAGAAAAUAUCCGCGCCUAUCUACAAAAGUCGGCGGAAACAUACGGCAUCGACAAGAACAUACACUUCAAUCGCAAGGUUCUUUCAGCCGACUGGGGCUCUAAGUCCAAAUCAUGGACCCUCGCCACGACGAGCAGCGAAGGAAAAGCAUUGACGUAUCGCGCAAAAUUCAUACUUAUCGGUACCGGCUACUACGACUAUUCGCAACCCCUGGAUACCAAGAUUCCCGGAUUGGGCAACUUUGAAGGACAAGUGAUUUACCCGCAAUUCUGGCCGAAAGAGUUGGAUUAUGCAGGGAAAGAUGUGGUCGUGAUCGGAAGCGGUGCCACGGCCAUCACCAUAAUACCUUCAAUGGCCGAAAAGACCAAAAGCAUAACAAUGCUACAGCGAAGUCCGACAUACAUCGUGCCACAACCCAAAAAGCGACAGGAGGGCUUCAUUGUAAGAUUCAUCGAAUUUUUCCUAUCCACAGGCCUGAAGUCGAUGUUCAGGAGGACACGCUCCAUUAUCGCGUCUACGAUGUUCUAUAACUACUGCCUCAAGUCUCCCGCCAAGGUGAAGGCCCUCUGGCAAAACGCUAUCACCAAACUACUACCAGCUCAUAUCGGCGUGAACCCACACUUCAACCCCAAGUACGGCCCUUGGACCCAGCGGGUCUGCGCCAGCCCUGGUGGGGACUUCUACGCUGCGCUGCGGUCAGGCAAAGCCAACAUUAUCACAGACACAAUCAAGACCGUUACCGCGACCGAGAUCCAGCUGGUCUCUGGGCAAUCGAUGAAGCCGGACAUAAUCAUCGCGGCGACAGGACUGAAGCUGCAGUUCGCGGGCGGCAUGAAGCUAUCCGUCGACGGCGUCGAGAUCGAUGCAGCUCAGAAGUAUACUUGGAAAGGGUCCAUGAUCCAGGACGUACCGAAUCUAAUGUUCGUCAUCGGCUACGUGAACGCUUCGUGGACUAUGGGCGCCGAGGUCGUGGCCCAGCACCUGGUUCGCGUCCUCGGCGAGAUGAAGCGCCGUAGAGCGGAGGUCGCUGUACCUCGGCUCACGAGUACGGAGCCUAUGCCCGAGAAUGAUGUGUUCCGUCUCUCAUCUACCUAUAUGCAGACCGCGAAUCGGAUUUUCCCGAAGGCUGGGAGUGGCAUUUGGGAUCAUAAGAGGAGUUAUAUCUGGGAUAUGCUCGAUGCCCAGUUUGGGAGCGUAACGAAGGGAUUGAGUAUAGAAUAA